AUGCCGGAGGUGGUGGUGUGCGACAACUCCAUGCCGCCGUGGCGCCAUCCAGAGGAGGGCUGGUGCGACUGCAUCGUGACCGACCCGCCCUACGGCGUGCGCGCUGGCGCCAAGAAGCAGGGCCGCAACUCGGGGGGCAGGCAGGUGGAGAUCCAGGACCGCGAGACCUACAUACCCUCGAAGGUCGGCUACGGGGAGGACGAAAUGGCCAAGGACCUCCUGGUGCUCGCCGCCAGCGCCCUGCGGGACGGCGGCCGCCUGGUCUUCCUGGCCCCCGUCGACCUGGCCGACUUCCUGGGCAUCGACCGCGCCGCCGCGGAACACGGCGCCGCUGCUGGAGGCCUCCAGCCGCCUGCUGCGGCGGGUCGCCGCCGGCCCGCGGCGAUGAUCGGGGGCAGCGAGGUGUGUCUGGGCUUGCAGCUCCUGGCGCCGGCCUUCGUCCAGCCGAGGGCGGCGAGGGCGCAGGCCGAGGUGGACCCGGCCCUGGCGGGCGCCGUGGCGGCCCUGGCGGCGCUUCCCGGCGAGGCUCUGGCGGAGGGCGGGAAGAUCCCCGGGGCGCCGCUCGCGGGCUCGCCGGUGUGCCUCUCGAAGCCGCUGGUGUGGCUGAUCUACCCGCUGUGCGACCUGGUCUUCCUCACCUCGCCCAUCUUAGAGUGCCCGAAGAGUCAAGAGGCCGAAGUCAAGACAACCUUGGGUUCGGGAGACGCUCUGGUGUUCGGCCCGAACUGA